AUGCGUGCACAAGCGCUUGCGCAGCAGCAAGCUCAGCAGCAGGGUCAGUCGUCCACGCAGCCGCAGCAGCAACAGCAACAACAGCAGCAGCCUGGUCAGCAGCAACCAGGACAGCAGCCACAGCAAGCGGCGAACCUGCAAGCGUUGCACGCCUUGGUGCAGAACAACCCGCAGGGCCUCGCGGCUCUGGUUCAGGCCGCUCGCGAGGGCAGGAUGAGCCCGGAUCAGCUGGCUCAGCUCAAAGCGUUCAUCAGCGCUCAUCAACAGCAGCAGCAACAGCAACAGCAGAUCAGACCACCUCAGCAACAGCAACAGCAACAGCAACAGCAACAGCAACAGCAGCAGAACCAACAGCAAGUUCGUCCGCCUCAGCAGCAGCAGCAGCAGCAGCAGCAAGCACAGCCAAACCUGCAACAGCAGCAACAAAUGGCUGCCGCACUCCAACAACAACUUCAACAGCAGCAACAGCGUAAUGCGCAGAAUGCUCAACAGCAGCAGCAGCAGCCCCAACAGCAGCAGCAGCAGAACCCGGGCCUAGCUCGGCCUCCCCAGGGUGCACAGCCGCAAAUCCCUCAAACCGAGCAAGCGCUGUUGGAGCAAUUCAAUCGCAUCGCUCAACCGCUCAGGAUGAAGGUCCAGGCGUUGGAGAGCGCGCUGAACAAUCCCAACUUGAAGCCGGAGGAGAGGCAGCAGUGCCAGAACGCGCUGCAGGAGACGAGGAAUCAGCAAGCUGCGUUGGCGAAGCAGAUCCAGAUUGUGAGGGAGAGCUUCAGGCAGCAACAGCAGCAACAACAACAGCAGCAGCAGCAGCAGAUGGGGCAAUUGCCUCAAGUGAAUGCUACGGCUGCACAGACGGGUACACCGCAGCAACAGCAGAUGGCGAGCCCGGUGGUUCCGCCUGCGCCUGCUGCGGCUGCUGGGACACCAGCCACACCUGUGCCGACGUCAGCAGCAGCAGCAACGCCAGCAGCCUCGGGAACGCCCAAAACGCAGGCGAAAACCACACCCAAGGCUCCUGCUAAGAGCAAAGCAGCGCUGAAGAAGGAGAAAGAGGCCAAGGAGAGGGAGGAGAAGGAGAAGAAGGAGAAGGAGGCGAAGGAAGCCAAGGCUGCGAAAGCGGGGGGCAAGGGGAAAGGUGCAGCGGCUGCGGCUGCGACAAAUGCGACUGCUUCGCCUGCUCCCGCUGCUGCGAUGGCCAAGUCGUCGCCUGCCAUUGGCACGCCUGGUCCUGCGGCUGGUGGCGUGGCUUCCACACCUGCCACGCCGGGAUCUACCGCUGUAGCUGCAGGAGCCAAACCGGCAGGAAGCGCCAUGAUCCCUCCUCUUCCCGGCUCCAUCGCAGCCCCCGGUGCUGCACCCGGGACUGCACCUGCAGCGCCCGCUGCCGCCACUGCUACCGGCUCCACCCCUACCCCUCUCUCCGCGAUGUCGACGUCCACCGCGGCCACCUACACCAACGCUGCCAUCCCACCCGUGCUCAACGUCAACCCUACAUCGACACCGGAGCCGUAUCCGAAUGCUAGUGGACCACGAUCCUCGAUGACGGCGGGGUUGGGUGUGGCACCCGUUCUGGGAACACCUGCGAUCCUCACCCGUCCCGCGGUGGAAGGUGGAGACGAAGCGCUGGACGAACUUUUGGGCUUACCCUCUCAACGCACCUCCGCGGCUGUGGACGAACUUCUCUCGCUCCCCGUCGAGGAGGACAUCGCCUCCGCAGCCGCAGCUACCGCCUCCACCGCCCUUUCCACCUCCACAACCAUCCCCACCUCCAGCUCGUCCAUGUUGACAAAACGCAAGAUCUCCGACCUCAUCUCCGAGUUGGACGCAAACGAAAAACUCUCCGGUGCCGUAGAAGAUCUCCUCCUCGAACUAGCUGAUGAGUUUAUAGAGAGCGUUACUAGUGCCGGAUGUAGGUUGGCAAAGCACAGAAGAGCGGAUAGAUUGGAAGUCAAGGACGUUCAGGUACAUCUGGAGAGAAACUGGAAUUUGAGAGUCAGUUUCCCGGGCGUUCAACCGGUCGCUCCGCCCAGGGUCAAGGUCGGACCACAGACGGGCGGCAACACUACAGGUGCAGCGGGUGGAGGAAAGUAA